AUGCUUCCAGCCGGACAGCGCCUGGGGCCUUCAAGUCCACUCUUUCGCGAGAGUUUAGAAGCAGCACCGGAAUAUACGGCUUGUCCUUCAGCGUUUCGAUCAAAAUUUGAGCUUACAACGCUCGGAAGUUUACUAAAAACCAAAGAAAAAUAUCUCUGCGGAGACAUAUUAGACGAUCGUUAUUUUCUCCUCGGAACGUCCAACGGCUUAGAAUUCAUCGACCUUUUCCUUCCCCAUGACCAACAAAAGCCGCAUGUGCUUAUUGAUUUUGUUCGAUUUAAACAGAUCAAAGUAUUGCAGACGGACAGAUAUAGCACCUUGUUAGCUCUAUGCGGACGGAAUUUACACUUGCGCAGUUAUCCGCUUAAUUCAAUAAAGACUUUAAUACGGAAUUUGACUACUCCAUCAUCACCAACAACGAAACCCGAAGUUCAUCCGACGCACUCGAGUUUGCCACGGUCUCCAUUAUAUACUCAUCUUCGAGCUAGAUCUUUGGAUGCUAUUUUUCACUCGGGUUUUGCAGUUCCCAACCGGCCGGUACAAUUAAAUCAGUCGAUGACUUCAAUACAAAAUGUUAUUAGUACGGUUAAUGCUAAUGAAGCGUCAUUUGAGGACAUAAAUACCAACUGUAAUGGGACCUCAGCCAUGCCUGCGAUGACGACGAUGGCAGCCUCAACGUCGUCAACUUCACCUCUAGAACGCAGGUCUUCAAUAUCACAAACCCUCCCGAACGGUCGAACUCGUCAUGCUAGACACUUGAGCCACGACCCACAAACUCUACGUAUAACGCGAGAGCAAAUCCAUGAAUUUAACCAUCCCACGAAACUGACAAAACUGGCUCUGAAUUACACCAAAAUUCCAAAUACCAGGAUGACUGUGUCGUUCAUAGUAGGAGCUGGUGAUAUAAAAUCGUACAUUGGUACACUUUCUAAACAAAAGAUAUUUCUAUUCGAAGUUUGUCCUGGUAACGACGCAGGCCCGUCUUUUGUCCAUCUGGGUACGUAUUGGCUUCCAUCUACACCUAGAUUUGUCGAACUUUCUAUGAACGGCGAUCACUUGCUGGAUAUAAUUGUGGUAUUCCAAGCGGAUAUUGUCUUGAUUGGUGUCGAGGACGCCCGUGUACGCGAGGUCGCGAUCGAUAAAUCCCUCAAACCAUCUCCAAUAGACUUUUCAGUCUUUGUAGAUAGGCAGAAAAUGAUGUGGAAUACCUUCACUCCGCUUGCCUUCCCGCCGGUGAUCAGUCCAGAGUAUGUAGCCGAAAGCUUUACAAUACCACCGCCGUACAAUGCGAUAGUUAAUCAAGAUCAGUCGAUAUUACUGAACCCGGUUCCAGUGUUUGAAGCUAGAACAGCCGACGGAUUUGAUACGAGUGAGGGUCCGUGCUUGUUUUUUGCGACAUUUGGAUCAAAAUCAAUGAUAGUCAAUUCGAAAGGCAGACCGUUUUCAACUAUUGUAUUUGAGUGGUCUUCUCCACCACUACACGUUGAAUUUCUUCGUUCGGCAGAGGAUUCUGGAUAUUCUUUUGUUAUUGGAUUCGGAAAGGAAAUGGUUGAAGUAAGGUCGUUUGCUACCGGGAAAAUAGUCGAAAGUGUUGUUAAAGGGGUUGGUGUACAAUAUCUAGGAAGAGGAAGAAACAAGGAUGCAGAGGUGAUAUGGGGAUGUGCGUUUAACAAGGGAAUUAAAGGAGUCGGACUUUAUCAUUUGAGUGCACCUCAUUGA